GGCGGCUGGUGGAAAACUAGAUGAAACAGAGAAGAUGAGGUAUUUAAUACGAGCACUACCACCAAGCUACAGCUACAUAGGAGACUUCAUUGAUGUCAUUCCAGAAGAUCAAAGGACAGUAGACUAUGUCAAAUCGAAAAUUAAAGAAAAAAAUUAUGCCAAAAACGAUUCUGAUAAAAAGAGUAAUGUAAGUACUUUUACAGCCAAGUUCGAAGGCAAAUGUUACAACUGUGGAAAAGUUGGACAUUACAAAAAUGCAUGCACGAGACCACCACAGCAGAGUAACCGAGGACGAGGUGCUCAAUCCAGUCAAGGUCAGCGAGGUCAUCAGAGAGGCUACAACAGAGGUGGAAACUCCAGAGGUCGUGACCGAGGCAGAGGACAAGGCCAACCCAGAGGUGACUUUUCAAGCGAGCAACAGGGCAACUAUUCAUCUGAAUCAUGGACAACGCAGAAAAACUUGAUGAUGAAAAAGAUAGAGAUUUGGAAAAUAGCGAAUCUGAAAAUAAAGGAAAUGAAAUACUAGAAAAUGAAUCCAAAAUUGAUAAAUAUGAUGUAAAUUCAAAUAGAAAAAAUUCUCUUAUCUCUACUCAGACCUUCGGGAAAAGUAUAGAUAACGAAUUAAACUCUGAUAUUGCUGAAAAUGAAAAUUCAAACUUAAAAGUGCAAAGAAAAUCAAAUAGAAAGAAAAGUCCUGUAAAUAGAUAUGGAAAUCCUGUAACUCAUUUUAUCUAUGUAAAUUACAUUGAUGCAAAUAUACCGAAUACAUUUGAGGAGGCGUUAAACUCAAAUGAAUAUAAACAAUGGAAAAUUACAAUGGACUCAGAGAUAAAUAGUCUAAACAAAAAUAAUACUUGGCAAAUUGUUGAAAGGCCAAAAGACAAAAGGGUAAUUGAUGUAAAAUGGGUCUAUAAAAAGAAAAAUAACAAUGUUUAUAAAGCGAGAUUAGUUGUAAGAGGAUUUCAACAAAGAGAAUACAUUGAAAAUGUUUAUUCACCAGUAGGCAAAAUGCAAACAUUGAAAAUUUUAUUGUCUUACAGCUGUAAAAAUAAUUUAUUCAUAGAAUAAAUGGAUGUAGAGACAGCUUUCUUAAAUGGUAAUGUAACAACCGAAGUAUAUAUAAAUGAACCGAAAGGUUAUGAGACUGGUGACAAUAAAGUUUGCAAGUUGCAAAAGGCAUUAUACGGAUUGCGAGAAAGUCCUAGAGCCUGGUAUAAUUGUUUCAACGAAUAUAUUGAAAAAUUGAAUUUCAUGAGAAGUAAUUACGAUUACUGUCUAUACGUAAAUAAUACAAGUAAAGAUCCAAUAUAUAUACUAGUCUUUGUAGAUGAUCUCUUAAUUUGUUGCAAAGACAAAAAUAAAAUAAACAAAGUUAAAGCUAGUCUAAUGCAAAGGUUUGCAAUGAAAGAUAUGGGCAAAAUUAGCCAAUACAUUGGUAUAGAUAUAGAUUACAGUAAUGAUAGAAGUAAAAUGACAUUAAGUCAGACUAAGUAUAUUGAAUCUUUAGCUAUAAAAUAUAAUUUAGAAAAUGCCAAACUGUAUAAUACUCCAAUGGAGUCCAACCUAAAACUAGAACAAGCUAGUGAAAUUGAUGAAAAUAUAAAAUACAGAAAUUUAAUUGGCGAACUAUUAUAUAUAAGUACAGGCACAAGGCCAGAUAUAUCUUAUAGUGUAAAUUACCUAAGUCGUUACCAAAACUGUUAUAACCAAACACAUUAUAAAUAUGCGAUGCGAAUUCUUAAGUAUUUGUACAAAACAAAAGAUCUCAAACUAACUUACUGCGACAAUGUUAAUACCGAAAUAUUAGACUGUAUGGUAGAUUCUGAUUAUGCAGGUGAUAAUGUACAUAGAAAAUCUACAACAGGCUUUGUAAUUAGAUUGUUUGGAAAUUUAAUUUUUUGGAAAACGCAUAAACAAAGUACUGUAACAAAAUGUUCUACUUUUGCAGAAUACACUGCUAUGUCAGAAGCAGUGACUGAAGUUUUGUUUGUUAGGAAUCUAUUAUGUGAAUCUUUUGAUGUAAAUUUCGAAAACCCGAUUAAUAUAUACGAGGAUAACUCAGGUGCAAUUGCGAUUGCAAAAUAUGGUAAUUUCACGAAAAAUUCUAAGCACAUCGAAGUGCAAUAUCAUUAUAUAAAUGAAAAUUACGAAAAAGGGAUAAUUGUUAUUGUAAAAAUAGAAUCAAGUUCAAACUUGGCUGAUAUGCUGACUAAAAGUCUAGACAAAACAAAGUUCAUAAAAAAUAGACAAGCGUUAAGACUAAUCUAAAAUUGUUAUUGCAUAAUUCCAAGUUCAGUUGUAAAAUUUCAUAUUCAAUUGCAAAGAACUCAAGUCCAGUUGUAAAACGCAAGUUCAAGGUAACAAUCGCCAAGUUCACUCGAAAUAUUUUUUGAAAAUUUUUGAAACAGAAAAGUGCUAAAAUUAAUUUAAAAUGCGAGAAACAAA